AGCAGAGGACGCAGGAGCUAACCCGUGUUAGCAUUAGCAUCUGGACUGUAAACAAACCGUCCCGUAAGCACGGUACAAACAUGUCAGCUGACACCAAAAUCGCAGAGCUGCUCACAGAGAUGCAUCAGCUCAUCAAACAGACUCAGGAGGAGAGGUCUCGCAGCGAACACAAUCUGCUGAACAUCCAGAAAACACAUGAGAGGAUGCAGACGGAAAACAAAACGUCUCCGUAUUACCGCACCAAGCUGAGAGGACUGUACACCACGGCCAAAGCUGACGCCGAGGCCGAGUGCAGCAUCCUGCGUCACUCUCUGGACAAAAUUGCAGAAAUCAAGUCCCUGCUGGAGGAGCGCAGGAUCGCUGCUAAGAUGGCGGGCGUUUACAGUGACAGCGACCCUCCCAGGAAGACGAUGCGGCGAGGCGUUCUGAUGACGCUCCUGCAGCAGUCGGCCAUGACACUUCCCCUGUGGAUCGGGAAGCCGGGAGAGAGCCCCCCGCCGCUGUGCGGCGCCACGCCGGCCAGCAGCGACUACGUGGCCAAGCAGGGCGACAAGGUGGCGGCGAGGGUGAAGGCGGUGGACGGAGACGAACAGUGGAUCCUGGCCGAGGUCGUCAGCUACAACCACUCCACCAACAAGUACGAAGUGGACGACAUCGAUGAAGAAGGAAAAGAGAGACACACUCUGAGCAGACGUCGGAUCAUCCCCCUCCCUCAGUGGAAAGCCAAUCCGGAGACGGACCCGGAGGCCCUGUUCAGCAAGGACCAGCUGGUCCUGGCUCUCUACCCUCAGACCACCUGCUUCUACAGAGCGCUGAUCCACACCCCUCCUCACAGGCCGCAGGACGACUACUCGGUGCUGUUCGAGGACACGUCGUACGCCGACGGGUACUCGCCCCCCCUGAACGUGGCGCAGCGAUACGUGGUGGCCUGCAAAGAGAACAAGAAGAAGUGAGACGGAGCGACUUCAGAGACCAAAUCAGCAGCUGCAGUCUGAUUGAUCAACCGUUUGUUUUACAUGUUACAUAGUGCAGUGUAAUGAGUGACGUGUGUGAAUGGACAGGGUUGUUGCUCAACGUACACAGGUUUGUAUCUGUUCAAUGUGUAUAUAUAUAUAUAUAAAAAAAAAAACUUCUUACCUGUGUGCUGUUUUUCCCUCACAUACCUCGUCUCCAGUUCACUUGCAGGUUUCUGAUAUUUAUCAGAGAACAACAGAAAGCUGCUCCUUUAACCCGAGAAAGUCAAAUAAAAAAUGGACUCAUACUUUUCACAUUAUACAUGCCUCCUUUUGGUUGUCAUUAAUACUGUAUCUCCCUGAACCUCCCUGUCUACUUCAAAAUGUGACUUCUGCUUCAUGAAGCUUCGAAUGGUCUUAGACCUUAUACAUUUCAGAUUUACUAGUAGGAUAUGAAACAUCAAGAUCCCUGAAAUGGUUUACUACGUGUUCCCAGAGUUGGAAGAAACAAGAUGAAGCAACUUUCAGUUCCUACACUCCUGACCUGUGGAACGAACUUCCUGCUGACAUGCUUACUUCUUUAAAAUCAGGAUUUAAAACGCUAUUGUCUGCUCCGGCUGUCCAUACAACAAUAGUUUUUACUCAUUACCUUUAUCUUAAGAUUUUUAGCUUAUUCUUCUUUCCAUUGGUCACCUUU